AAGAAGCGGCUUCCAUCGCUGAAAGCCGCAGUCGCGUCAGCAACGUCGAACUGAAAACAACGCGACUUUUGGACGGGAAAAGCGAAUGCGAAGCGCAAACGACGAAAUAUCACGCAUACGCCGCGUUGGACCGAAAAGAAUUGCAAGUGAAGUGAUAUAAAAGGAAACUGAGGGAAAAGAGUUUACGCCUUGGCUCGUUAGUGGAUUUUUUGCCUUUUUGGGCAGUUUACGAGCGGCUCAGCAUAAAUUGCUGGUUCCACAUAAUCCACCUCCGCCUCCGUUGUCCAUUUCCCAUUCGCACGAGCGUAAUGAGGCAAUGAGACGGGGGGCAGCCGGAAAAGCAACAGCGGGAAACUCAGCCGAGGAGCCAUGACAUCUGGAGUCUGCCGGAGUCUGGAGCUGUGGCCUCUGCCCGAGUGAAGAGCCCCAACCCCAGCGAUGCUGCGCGAUAUCUUUCUGUAUUUAGUUCUAAUCGUUUUAUUUUGCUUCAUUUUCAUGGCGCAGUUAAUCGUCAACGUUUACGCCUUCCAGCGCCAGCCGUCGCCCCACAAAGCGGAGCGCAAUGAAAUUAUAUUUGUCUAGAAAGGAGACAAGCUCCCCCAACCCACAGAGCCCCCAAGAGGCACAGAGAACAAUGCUUGCAAAAAAUCAUUCCAAUGAAACAUAACUAAGCAAAAUAUAUCCAUAAAACAUACUUGUCUGGAGACUGUAUAAGCCAUUAGCUCAAUAUUCGUUUUUACAACGAAAUAAUGCGUUCAUAAUAACUAGGAGUUAACUUGAUUAAUAGGCAUAUAGACCACAUAACAGGUGCAAGAUAUCAUCUUUUCUUGCGGUGCAGCUUUGAGGAGGAAAAGAAGGCAGGAAAAUGAAGACGCUACAAAAGCAAAGGCUACAAGUCAAGUCGCGGUGGUUUCCAUUUAAUAAGAAAGGGAACUCAACUAGGUUCAACUCUCAGUUGAGUGAGAAAAGUGGGAAAAAGCGCAGGGAAUAGGCGGGGAAAUCCAGGGAAA